AUGAUCUUCAACCACAGAGCCAACAGCGACAGGCUUCGAAAUGAUAGCUGCAUCUACUCAAAUCUCGCGGAAGGCAGUCUAAUGUCCCUUUUGGCACGUCCUCUCCUCCUGCCAUCUUUGGAUCAGUUUGAUUUGCCUUUUGAUGAUCCAAACAUGGAGCCUUUGCCUCUCAGACCACAAGGCCAAGUGCCACAACUCGUUCACUCAGCUUUCCCUGUGUGUUCCAUGAUUGAGCUACUGAGCCAUACCAAGCCCACACGUAGUACCAACCAUCCACAAGGCCUGAUACACUCCAGUGACACUGCUGGUGGCACUGCGGGAGUCGAAAGACGCUCCGACGAGGCCUUCUUCACCACUGACCAAAUGAGUCUCAACAAGAAGCGACAACGGAUGAGCCCAGUGAAAGAGAGUCCUGAUGGAGACGAAGUCAUGGCCCGAUUCAGACCUUACCAGGAGUCCAAAUGGAGAACCCAGUUCAAAAGGCUCGUCCAAUUUAAGUUUGAGCAUGGUCAUUGCUGCGUUCCUCAUUCUUCUCCAGAAGAUCCUAUCCUCGCACGGUGGGUCAAGCGACAAAGGUACCAAUUUAAAAAGCUCAACGACGGUGACACUACAUCCACCAUGACAACUCAUCGUAUCCAAGACCUCGAGUCCAUCGGCUUUGUCUGGCAUUCUCACAACUCAGCAUGGCAGGAGAAGGUGAACGAGCUGAUUGCCUUCAAACAAAUCAAAGGUCAUUGCAACGUACCGUCGCACUAUCCAAGGAAUGCAGCCUUGUCUACUUGGGUGAAGUGUCAACGUCGGCAAUACAAACGUUUCAUCAAUGGGUCUCUAUCUUCGAACAUGACGAUGGGUCGACUGCAGAUGCUGGAAUCCUUGGGUUUUGUGUUUGACAUCCAAAAAUCAAAACGGCAAUCCAGAGAAACAAAUUGA